CCGGCUCGGAGACGAGCGUCACUGUGCGGGAGCGCGCAUAGCAGGGCGGGCGUGGAGCGUGCGGGGGCCGCGCGCUGCCUCUCAGAGGCCCGACGGCGCUGCCGAGAGGCGGCCGCGAUAACGACGGCAGCGGUGACGGGAACCGUGCCGGGGGUGAGGCACUGUAACCCAGUUGGACUCUGCAUUCAAACAGCCCAAGAUUGAAGACAAAAGAGCAGACACACUAACCUGGAAACAGGGACCUCUUUGGAACUUUACUUUCGUUCACAGUAAUCUUUAAAAAGUAUCGAGUGGAAUUGAUUUUUUUUUUUCCAUCUUAAUUUUGCUUAUUGGGAAGAACAUGGCCUCAGGGAUUUUAUGUUUCCCUUUAGUUUUGCAUGAACUCUCUAGAAAACGGAGCCCUAAAAGGGCUUGAGAAUAACAACAAGAGAUUGAAGACAGACAAGCUUGCUCUUUCUGUUUUCCCUCCCCCUUUAAAGAAAAGGAUUACAACUCAGUCUUGUAACAGCUGCUGCCCAGCUUUAGCCAUCAAGAGAAAAGAAAUAAAAUUAAACCACCAUUGCCAUACUACAAGCCCUGAAGUCAAGGUGUGGGAGUGGUGGCAUUGAGAAAACUGCCUAAAAGAGACAAGGACUACAGUAAAAACAGUUUCUCUUUAACGCUGAAAAUCCCAGUUUCCUCCUUGGAUUAAAAUAGAAGCACAGGGCACACCUCCGGGUGAAGCUCGCAUUUUGUGGAAGUGUGGUAGUCGUGGAGGUACUACAGUAUCUCUUCCGAAGAAUUUUUCCUUGUCCGAAGUGUUCUGCCCUACCCUGAUACUCGCCCCUUCUUUCCUUUUGAAGACUUAUCUCCAUCCAUGAGCUAUUCCUUGAUCUGUCUGACUGCCUGUGUUCUCUACCUGCAACCAUUUGCAUGUGUACAGUCUCUUGUUUGUCUCCAGUUUUCAAAUUGUACAAGUUGUGUUUCUUAGUCUCCUGCCUCGUUCUGGGGAGGUGGUUAUUCAUUAUUUGGAAUCACCUUUCCCCCUCCCAUAUGCUCUCCUUCAUUUGAGAUCUUUUGACCUUUGGUUUCAUUUGGGAGGGGGAAGGGUGAUAAUUUAAAUUUUUCUCUUUCCCUGGUGUCCUGUGCUCUUAUCUCCGGUGUUGCCCUCAUCCCGUUUUCUUGUCUGUUCUGCCGUUGUGUGGGCCUGGGCUAUGCGGCAGGGCAGAUCUCCCAUCAGACCUCCAACAUGCCCGCAGAGUCUGGAAAGAGAUUCAAACCCAGCAAGUAUGUUCCGGUCUCAGCAGCCGCCAUCUUCUUAGUGGGAGCUACGACCCUCUUCUUUGCCUUUACCUGUCCAGGACUAAGCCGUUAUGUGUCACCUGCAGUGCCCAUCUACAAUGCGAUUGUUUUUCUCUUUGUGCUGGCUAACUUCAGCAUGGCCACCUUCAUGGACCCAGGGAUUUUCCCUCGAGCUGAGGAGGAUGAAGACAAGGAAGAUGACUUCCGAGCUCCCCUUUACAAAACAGUGGAAAUCAAGGGCAUCCAAGUGCGUAUGAAAUGGUGUGCCACCUGCCGAUUCUACCGUCCUCCUCGAUGUUCCCACUGCAGUGUCUGUGACAAUUGUGUGGAGGAAUUUGAUCAUCACUGCCCCUGGGUGAACAACUGUAUUGGUCGCCGGAACUACCGUUAUUUCUUCCUCUUCCUCCUUUCCCUGACAGUGCACAUUAUGGGUGUGUUUGGCUUUGGCCUCCUUUAUGUCCUCUCCCACGUGGAGGAACUCUCAGGGGUCUGCACGGCUGUCACGAUGGCAGUGAUGUGUGUGGCUGGCUUAUUCUUCAUCCCUGUAGCUGGCCUCACGGGAUUUCAUGUGGUGCUGGUGGCUCGGGGACGCACAACCAAUGAACAGGUUACGGGUAAAUUCCGGGGAGGUGUGAACCCCUUCACCAAUGGCUGCUGUAAUAAUGUCAGCCGUGUACUCUGCAGUUCCCCAGCACCCAGGUAUUUGGGGAGACCAAAGAAAGAGAAGACCAUUGUAAUCAGACCUCCCUUCCUUCGACCAGAAGUGUCAGAUGGGCAGAUAACUGUGAAGAUCAUGGACAAUGGCAUCCAGGGAGAGCUGAGGAGAACUAAGUCUAAAGGAAGCUUGGAGAUUACAGAGAGCCAGUCCGCAGAUGCUGAACCUCCACCUCCUCCUAAGCCGGACCUGAGCCGUUAUACAGGGCUACGAACACACCUCAAUCUGGCUGCUAAUGAGGACAGCAGCCUGUUGAGCAAGGACAGCCCCCCCACACCUACCAUGUACAAGUACCGGCCAGGCUACAGUAGCAGCAGCACAUCAGCCGCCAUGCCUCACUCUUCCAGCGCCAAGUUGAGUCGUGGUGACAGCUUGAAGGAGCCAACCUCAAUUGCAGAGAGCAGCCGCCAUCCCAGCUACCGGUCAGAACCCAGCCUGGAGCCAGAGAGCUUCCGCUCUCCCACUUUUGGCAAAAGCUUUCACUUCGACCCACUGUCCAGUGGUUCACGCUCCUCCAGCCUCAAGUCGGCCCAGGGCACAGGCUUUGAGCUGGGCCAGUUGCAGUCCAUCCGUUCAGAGGGCACAACCUCCACUUCCUAUAAGAGCCUGGCUAACCAGACACGCAAUGGAAGUUUAUCUUAUGACAGCCUGCUCACUCCUUCCGACAGCCCUGACUUUGAGUCAGUGCAGGCAGGGCCUGAGCCAGACACACCUUUAGGCUACACCUCUCCCUUCCUGUCAGCCCGGCUGGCUCAACAGCGGGAAGCUGAGAGGCACCCACAUUUGGUGCCAACUGGCCCAGCACACCAAGAGCCCUCACCAGUCCGGUACGACAAUCUGUCGCGCCAUAUUGUGGCCUCCCUCCAGGAACGAGAGAAGCUGCUACGCCAGUCACCCCCACUCCCAGGUCGAGAGGAAGAACCAGGCUUGGGGGACUCCGGCAUUCAGUCGACACCAGGCUCAGGCCAUGCCCCUCGUACUAGUUCCUCCUCAGAUGAUUCGAAGAGGUCACCCUUGGGCAAGACUCCAUUGGGACGCCCAGCUGUGCCCCGAUUUGGCAAGCCAGAUGGACUAAGGGGCCGGGGACUGGGGUCCCCUGAAUCAGGCCCAACUGCUCCAUACCUGGGCCGAUCCAUGUCUUAUAGCAGCCAAAAAGCCCAACCUGGUGUCUCUGAGACUGAAGAAGUGGCCUUGCAGCCGUUACUGACACCCAAAGAUGAAGUACAGCUCAAGACCGCCUACAGCAAGUCCAAUGGGCAGCCCAAGAGUAUAGGCUCAGCUUCCCCUGGCCCAGGCCAGCCACCUCUCAGUAGCCCUACAAGGGGAGGAGUCAAGAAAGUGUCAGGAGUAGGUGGCACCACCUAUGAGAUUUCGGUGUGAGCCUUCGGCACCUCCCCUCCCCCACACCUCUGCGCCUGCACCAAAGGGCCCCCCAGGUGGCCACCUUCCUUUCCUCAAGGGGCUCUCCUCCCCUGCAUGGACAUUUUUUUAAACCACCGAUUCCAAGAGGAUGAGGAGCGUUUUAUAAA